AUGGCGUCAGCUCCUCUAUCCUUCAAGCCAUGGAGUCUGCAGCCCAACAAUGAAACCUCUCUCCAGGAUGUCCUCGCUCGUGUGGGCAACGAACGAGGUGCGUUCCGUGACAUUUCCGAGGCCUCCUUGAGAGACGAAAUCGCCAAUGGCGUGUCCACGCCCUCUUCCUCCGAGUCUAGCGACGACGAAGACGACAAUGAUGCGCUCUCGAGACCAUCCCGACCGAAGGCGACUACCCGCCAGGAACUCUUCGCUGCCCGCGCCGAAAUGUUGAGUGAAGUCCAAUCCGCUCAGAACGAGAUUCUGCUGGCAUUGGACUUUGUCUCACUCUUGGAAUCCUCGCAUGCACCACAGCAAGCUGGCGUGACUGUUUCUCAAGCGCUGAAGGCAGUCGCGCCGCUUGGUACGCUGGGCACGGAUAUCUGGCACCGCAUGCCGGAGAACAGAGCGAGGGAAGGGCAGGACAACCUUUUGGCGACAAAAGUACGCAUGCAGACCUUGCAAAAAAGUGCAGAUGACUUGCUGGCUGCGGCGGGAAGAUUGGAAGACAAUGUGCGACGAGAGACCAUCUUCUGGGAUCAGGUGUUGGCGAUAUCAGAGCGAGGUUGGAGUGUGAGUCGGAUACCUCGGACACAAGGAGUGCUGGGAGUGCAUUUUGGGUUCAAUGGGAGUGCAGGAGAAUUUGCGCGGAGAGAUCUGGCGGCUCUGUUACCUGGAGAAGACGGGGGGAUCGCAUUGGAACGAGGCGUUGGAACAAAGCCGAAGGGCAUCAAGGUGGUAGUGAAGAGGGAUGGGAGGGUCGUGGGGAGCUCAAGACUGCCGACUAUGCCGGAUGAGGAGGAGACAACACUUGAAGCCAGGAUACGACAUGCAAGAGACAGUCUGUACGAUGAAGAGCUGUUCCACGAGAUGGUUCGGGAAGCUCGAACGUUGACUUCCAUGGGAGUGGAGAUGAGGAGUUCAACAUUGAGUUUCAUGCCAGCGUCAAAUGCCUCACUGCGGAUUGAGCUGGAAUUGGUAUUGCUCGAGGACGCGAAACAACUCGAGGACAAUACUCUACACCACUCCGACGACCUCGCUCAGGCUACGCUCCUCGCGGCCCGUCUACUGCUCGGUCAAGCGCACAGGGAAAAGAUCAAGCAGAAGACAGAACCACCGCCACCCAUGAGCGACCGGAAAGACAAACCCCCAAUAUUGGCCAUCAUUCGCCCGAUACUCCUCGUCUUCACACACCACACGCUUUGUCAACGCUUAAACGCUUACGCUACCAACAUUGAGACCUUACUCGGCAAUGCGGACAUCAACGCGACCAUCGAACCAGCAAAUUUCACCUUCUCUCUUCCUAAUGACCUCUCUUCAACCACAUCCGAGUCCAUCAUCAACGCCAUCUUCCUGCGACCGCUCACAGCGACCGCUUCGAUCACUGUUCCCACACCAAGCGACGAAACCGAAGACUUCCGCCUCGACCUCAGCAUCGAGACUUUAUCGGCGAUAUCCCUCGGCUCCGCGUUCAGCAUCCGACUACCUUCUGCAUCAGCCGCAGCCGCGGUCGGAACACCGCAGGCAUUCACCCUCUCUGCAAUCGAAGACCUCUUCUCCACCGCGGACGAAAUGCUCGCGACGCAAAUGCUGGAAGUGUUGUAUCCGCACGCUGAUCCUGCAAAGGCCUGGAGCUUGAUACCAGCCGAGGGAAAACUUUGUAGAAACGUGGGAGAUGAAGAAGAUGGAGCUCAGGAAGAGGUAAGGCUGGACAUUGACGGUGAAGUGGGCGAGAUGGACUUGGUGUUCGUGGCGAGCGACGGACGGGAGACGAGAAAGGGGGGUUGGAAGGUUGACAAGGAGGAUUUAUUACGGAAUGAUAAGUCGUUAUGGGAGGUUUGGAAGGACGUCGUGGGCGUGGACGGAGGAGAAGGUGAAGAUGAACAGGAGCAAGAAGUGGAGGUGUGA